AUGUCGCCGAGGGCGGGGCAGGCCUGCGAGCGCUCCGCCCCCGGCAGGCCCGGGCACAAAAUGGCGGCGGUGCUCGCCGGCGGCUCUCAGCGGGUGAUGCGGGAGGCGGUGCGGCGCUCGGCGGUUCGCCUGCCCGCCCCGGGGUGCUGGGGCUGUGCGUCCGGAGGGAAGCGGUAUCUGCUAACAGAAGAUGACCUAAAGUUACAAGAAUUUCAGCAGACAAAAGUGGUAAUUAGAAAUGAAGUUCAUGGCAAUAAAGAUCCGUAUUUUAACAGUAUUAAAGAAAAAUUAAAGAAAAAUGGAAAGAUUCUCAAAAAUGAACUAAAAAUUUUACUGCAUUUAUGUCAGACUUCAGCUGAUGUGGAACUAGCCAGAAAAGUUAUUUACAGGUACCAUGAACAGAAUGGAAUCACAACUUUACGUGAUUUUAAAUUUGGGCCCCUCUUUAUGAGGUUAUGUUAUGAGCUAGACCUUGAAACACCUGCAGUAGAACUUAUCAAAGAUCAGAAUUUGCGUGGUUUUUUCUCAGAGAGUACAUCAUUCCAUAUUUUGAUGACUAUGUUGUUUAAAAAGAGCCAUUAUGAAAGUGCUUUGGAAGUUCUGGGAGAAAUGAAAAAACAAGGUAUACCUUUCAACAAAGAAACCUAUCUACUGGCAUUUGCAAUAUGCUACAAACUUGACAGCCUGGAGUCUUGCAAGAUCUCUGCAAAACUGCUUGAAGAAGCACAGCUAAAAGGUGACUUAUUACCACUGCGAGCAUUCUACUUUGCUGUGGCGUCUGCUCUGAAGCAGAAUGACAUAGCACAAGCCCAAUUUUAUUGUUCUCAGAUAAGGAAAACAGACAACAAAAUAUACAAUAAUCUUAAAGUUCUUGUCCAGCUCAGAUGCGGUUCACUAGAAGAAGUGUUAAAAACAUUAGAAGCAGCAGUGGAAAUGGAUACUCCUCCCUUUGUGAAAAAAAUCGAGUUUUCUGAGCAAGUGCUGGCUGCAGCCACUGAAAGGAUGGAAGAAAGCCCUGACCUUUCUGCUAAAUUAAGAGAUAUAUAUAACAAACUACAAGCUUCAGGACGGAUAACCACAAACACAUUGGAAGAUAUGCUCUUCCAGAUUCCUAGUUCAAAGAAGACCCCUGCAAAACUUUUAAAUCAAAAACAUUUGGGUUAUCAGGCUGCUAAACCGCUUCAGUCAAAUCUGAUGUUGGAAUAGUUCAAUAUUUGGUGGUAAACUGAACUACUGUUAGUGUCAUGUAGAAGCGUGUUUGAAUAAAAUGGCUUCUCCCC